AUGGACAAAACGUUUGAAUCACUACCCGACGAGGUGAUCCGCAUGAUCUUGGCACACCUAUCACCCUUGUCAACCAUUUCUCUCCAGCAGACAUGUAAGCGAUUUCUCGCCAUCGGCCAUGAACCGUUAUUGUGGAAAGGCUACUGUCAAGGCGCAUUCAGAUGGUGGAGUCAAGAAUGGAAGUACGCGGAGUCACAGGAAGAUCCGUCAUUGGUUGAUUGGAGGGGAGCCUUCGCCGUUCGCCAUGCUCAGUCCUGUCUGGUCACAAAGUCUCUUGAUAAGAUUAUAGCCGACGAGACUGGCCGACUUGAUGGAAUUCAAGAAAUUGUGGAGAUCGGAUAUCACGCCAAAAAUGCUCUGAUGGAUUUGUAUCGAAACUCCCCAUCUUCCCCGAAUCAUCUAGCCCAGAGAUAUUGGAGUCAUGCUGCACUGGGUUGCCUGCAUCGUCUCGUUGCUGUGGAAGAAUGGCUCGCCAUCAAGAACGAGAGGAGGCACAGCAGACCCGAACGACCAGUUUCAUACGAGAGGCCCCUCGCGGCACUUGACCUGUUUAUUCUGGAGCAAAACAUGGAAGGCGAUAUUGACGAUGUAAGUGAUCUGAAUAUUUUGUCCCUGAUUGCAGAAUUUAAUGUUCUCUUGAAGGUGUUUGCUCGCUUGGAUGUAUACGUUGACUCAGUACGACACGAUCACCCGACCAUCGAUGACAUGACUCCACGACAAAAAGCUGUUAUCGUCGCCGAUCAUCUGCUCGAGAAGAAAUGGGUGGGCAUCCAUGGUGAUCGCCACUAUCACAGUCUAGAUCACAUGUUCCUGGGAGUAUCGCUGUUCAGCUCAAACAGAAAUUCGGUCCCAUUGAUCUCAUGUAUCAUCUUCUGCUACGUUGCACGCGCGUUCGGCCUUCGCGCCGCUCCAUGCAGUUAUCCUCUACACGUACAUGCUCUUAUUCAACCACCAUCAGGCAUCGACCUAGACGGCCACUCAAUCACCGAAACCGAAGCGCAGGAGCCAUCAAGCCAGACACAUCUAUAUAUGGACCCAUUCAACAAUUCCGACCCAAUCUCUCGAGCUUCACUAGAGAGCCGUAUCCGGUUUAUUGGACCAACAACCACGGCAUCACAGACCGAGGUCUACCUCUCGGCGUCAUCACCCCGUGACCUGACAAUCCGUACAGCGCACAAUAUCCUGGCCUCGCCAUCCCACUAUGCCGGCCCACCUCUCUACCCCAUCAACCCCAACCUCGCAACAUAUGCCGCUCUCUUCUCUCUCGUCCUCCUCCCAACCCCAGCCACCACACACCCCGCCCAACUCCGACAACAUCUCGCCGUCCUCACACAACAAUUCCUUGAAUUCUUCGACCUAGACGUCCACCUCUUCGAGACCCGCAUUCUCCCCAUGACGAAUUCCCUACCCGACGCCCGCGCAUACAGGAACCUGAUCCACUCACUGCGGGAAAGCGACCGCGAAACACGCAUCCCAAAGUACCGCACAACAGACCCACGCAACCAAGACGUCCAGUAUCGCGUAGGCCAGGUCUUCCGCCACCGACGCCGCCAGUAUCUCGCGAUCAUCUACGGGUGGGACCCAUACUGCAAGAUGCAGGAGCAGUGGAUCAACAUGAACCAGGUGGACACGCUGCCGAACGGGCGUCAUCAACCAUUCUAUAAUGUUCUGGUUGAGGACGAGUCGACGCGAUAUGUCGCCGAGGAGAAUGUGGUGCUGUUGCAGCCGGGAGAGAUUUCGAAGGAGGAUCUGAUCGCCGCAUUUCCCAUUGAGAUUGGGAAGUGGUUCAAGGCCUAUGAUGAGCUAUCUGGGACUUUUGUGAGUAACGUCAGACAGGAAUAUCCAGAGGAUUGA